AUGGCGGAGGCUUGUGAAAUUCCGACUGGAAGUUAUACUUUAAAAUUAGGUUCGACUUUUAGUAUUCACGCUAAUGACACGUCUUAUCACACUCUUAGAUUUGAUUUCAAGCCAAAAUCCUUGGCAUGUGAAAAAGAUACAUAUAUUGGUUUCGGUGGUGGUGGCGAUGUGCAGAUUGCUGUACAUAAUAAUGAUGACGAUUCGCUAACGAUCUAUAAAGGAUCUCAAAAACCGGUCAAAGCCUUUAAAGAAUGUUUACUAUUUUUCGAUCAUACAAGUGGUGAAUUUCGGCUUGAAAAACUUUCUACUGUUAUUUCGGUGAAAAAAACUCGAGAUACGGGUGAAUCCGACGUAUCACAACUUCGCGUGGAAAUCGAUAAAUUACGACAAAAGAAUGAAUUGUCCACAGCUAUGAAUGGUAAAAGCAUUACGAACUCAUCGAAGCGAUCAAGAAGUUCUUCAUCUUCUUCUUCAUCUUCUAGUAAUAGUGAAUCGGAGGAUUCUGAUGAAUCGUCUGCUAGGAUAUUAAAUAAUAGGGUGGCAACUGACAGUUCUCCUUCAAGUAGCGAUGGAGGAAGUAGCGGGAAAUCGAGUGGAGAUGACGAUGAUGAUGAUGAUGACGAUGAUGAUGCUUUGGAGACUGCCUUAGAACAAUUGAAUAAUAACCAUUUUAUGGAUGCUGUGGAGAAUUCAUCAAAAAAUGAUGCAUCGUCUAUUUUAAAUCAUCAAAAUAAUUCAAAGAAAAUUCUUCAUGACGAUUUACAUUUGAGCGAAAGUUCCGAUGAAGAUUGA